UCCGUGCUUAGGUCGGAACCUUCAUGCAUGGUGAUGAUCCUGUAUUGUUUCUUCAUGGGCGGACUCAGCAGCUCCAUUUCCGGUGUCAUUCGUUGUUGUUGUUCCUUGGUCAGCCGGCGGGGUGUCCGUCCGUCGUUGGGUCUCUUGGUGGCGUCGUUGGACUCUUCUGGCAAAUGCUGAACUCGCUUUAAUGGUUUCUUCGCUGCAGCCCCUAUGACGAGCAAGGUUCUGCCCAUAUUGAAAUCUGACCUCGGUCCCUUCGUUGUGCUCCUUCCUUGUGCUGCUAUUGUCCCUGCUAGAUUCAUUCCUCGGCCUUUGUGAAGUCGUGGAUUGAAGACGCCGUUCCCCCUGUGGUUCGUGGUUAUUCCUGGUUUCCGUUUCCACCCGCCCCGGCGGAGAUACUGCCCACUGCCUCAGUAAUUGAUUUCCCGCUGCCAUCGCUGCCAGUUGGUGAGCUAAGAUGUUUCCUUCGCGUGGAGUCCAAGUAGCUCCCACAUCCGGCGCCUCUUCCAGCAUUAGCAGGAUAUCCCUGAUGAUUGCGUCUGCUUCGGCUAAGGGCGUUUUUGCCUUGAUCGCUUGAACUAGUGUCCCUGAUUACUGCUGCUGAUGCUGCAAUUCCUGUGUCCCUGUGAAAGGCCGCGUCUACGUUCACUUUUACCUUGUUGCGUGGAGGAGGCCUCCAGAGGACUCUGUGGCGCUUCGCGCUUGCAAUUCCCAGAAUGUGAAACAAUGGGUAGAUCUCGAAAAACAACUGCCUACAUUUUCUUGAAAUAUAUUUUACCAAUAAGUAGUGUGGCCACCAUACUUGAAUUGGCAUUCCUAAGGAUCUUAAAGUUCCAAAAUCAUAAUAAGGUGCUUCAAAAAUUUGAAGUGGAUCAAGCAAUGGCAAGAUGGAGAAGAAUUUCAUAUUAUGAAAUUCAACAAGCAACAGAUAGGUUUAAUGGUGACAACUUACUUGGUAUAGGGAGCUUUGGAAAAGUUUACAAAGGCGUCCUCUCGGACGGGACGAAUGUUGCAAUAAAGGUUUUCAAUUUGGGGCUAGAAGGAGCAUUUAGGAGUUUUGAUCUUGAAUGUGAAGUAUUGCGCAAUAUUCGCCAUCGAAACUUGACCAAAAUCAUAAGCAGUUGUAGUAACUUGGAUUUCAAGGCAUUGGUUAUGAGCUACAUGGUCAAUGGGAGUUUGGAGAAGUGGUUACAUUCAGAAGACCAUAGUUUGAGUAUGAUAGAGAGGAUUAACAUAGUGAUAGAUAUUGCAGAAGCAAUUAAUUAUCUUCACCAUGGUGGUUCUAUAUCAAUUGUGCGUUGUGAUUUAAAAGCAAGCAAUAUACUGGUAGAUGAAGACAUGGCUGCUCAUGUCACAGAUUUUGGCAUUGCAAAGCUGCUAAAUGGUGGAAAUUCCAUGACACAUACAUUGACUUUAGCCACAAUGGGGUAUAUGGCUCCAGAGUAUGGACUAGAAGGCUUGGUGUCCAAACAAGGUGAUGUGUAUAGUUAUGGCAUUUUACUUAUGGAAAUCUUCACACAAAAGAAACCCACUGAUGAAAUGUUUAUGGGAGAUUUUAGCAUCAAGCAUUGGGUUGAUUCCCUAAUUGACAUAGUUGAUGCUAGAUUGUUAAUGGAAGAAGGAGAACUAGCUUCCAAGAAAGUGUAUUUAUCAUCCAUCAUGAAACUAGCUUUGGAUUGCACCAAAGAAUUACCUCGAGAAAGGACCAAUAUGAAAGAUGUCAUAACUACACUUAAGAAGAUUAAAAUGGCGUUCUUAUAAGAAGUUAAGAACAAUAAUCCAUUCUAAA